CAUCCUCAAACCAUUCGCUACACAUACAAAUCUCACUAACCUCCUACUCCAUCCUCAAACCAUUCGCUACAUCUUCAAAUAUCGCUAACCUUCUAUAUCUUUCCAUGGCAACCUAUCAAUAAUGAUAGUUUUUUUUUUGGCUAUUCAGCCUUCAUAUUUGGUAGAUCAUCGAAUUAUCAUGAGAUACUUUUUUUUGAAAGUCGACAGAGAUCUGUAAAUCGAUUAAUGGAGUCCUUGUAUGUUCUUACUCAAAGGCCACCUCCAUGGCCCUCCUACUCAAGUAGGCGCAUAAUUGCUCUAUCUUCGGUAUGUCAAACAUAUUCUCUUUUAUCCUUAAUAAGUUAUUUUGAUUUUUGCUUGAUGAAGUUAGAUUAACCUAUUUUCAUCAUAAUAUUUUUCUAGCUACAUGUUGUGUUGUUCUUAUUGGUGACUACGGCUCAUUUUACCCCCAUAAUAAACAGAUUUACUACCUCACCAUCUUCCAUAUGGAUAUGCAUAUUUUUAAUAAUCCCACCAGGCUUCAUCAGAUUUUCUAGCCAGUUCCUUUUACAAUUUUUUUUUACAAUUUUAUUAAAAAGUUAUGUGAAUUGUUUCAAUAACAUCCUCUUCUUAUCUGGCAAUCGUUAGCACUAAGUUAUGUGGAGUAUUAGGUGAAUAUGAACCAAAUAUGUAGCGGAGUAACUUUUACACCUGGAAGCAUGGAAGCAUCAACCUCCUCGGAAAGACCACUUCUUUCCACGAUUCUCAGAGCAUCAACGGUUCUCAAUCCCCAAAAAUUCAGCGAGAAAGAAACAUCAAUAAUGAAUUACAAUUCUUUGGGUGAAAAAGCUCCAGCAGCACCAGAUUUUUCGUCAACAAAAAAAAACCUUUCCCACGUGCCAUGGUUACUGCGCGUUAAUUAAUUUGCCUCAUUUUUAUCAGCAGUAUUCAUAGAGUUUCUUUUGUGUUAAUUUUCUUAUUUAGCUCGACUAGAGGGAUGUUAUUUGCUUAGCACUGCGCGGGCGAUAUUUUCCGAGCCGCCUUGAAAAACCGGAGCCCGAGUGCCCGACAGAGGAAUCCUCCCGAACCGUGUCAGGCCCAACGUCCCACCGCGCCGUCGACACGUCACGCUAUUUCCGGCCCCCACCGCAGCGCGCCGGAGCCGAGCCGCGCAAGCCCCUGUCCCGGCUCGGCUCGUGGCGGCCCAACACGUGUCCGCGUUGUCCGACACGUGGCGCGCCGCCGCGCGCUCGUAGUCCCAUCCCACGAGCCUCCACCUCGCUCCCCCUACAAAACCAUUUUCCGCUCCCUAUUUCCGGCGAAAAAAAAAUCGGCGAAAACCACCUCCCUUUUGUUCUAGCGGGGGCACACCAGUACACCACCGAGGUCGCCUCUGCUCUCCAUCCGCUUCGGCUCGCCUCCUCCUCCUCCUAUCCAUCCUGUUCCGCUCACGCUGAAUUUUUGGGCAUUGAGAAGCGUUCUUCCUCGGUGAAUCCGUUGGAGGAAUCGUUGGUCGGCGGUGACGCAUGGCGUCGAGGGAUUUCCUGGGCGGGUUCGGACGGGAGGGAGGAGCACCCGCUGCAGCCGGCGGGAGCGCAGCGACCGCCGAGUCGGACGAGAUCGAGCUCAGCCUCGGCCUGUCCCUCGGCGGCUGCUUCGGCGCCGACCCGGCGCAGGACGCGAAGAAGCCGUGCCUCGUCCGGUCCUCCUCCAUCCCCUCGAUCUGCUCGCUGCCCGGAGGCUUCACCUCCGGCGAGGAACCCGCCGCCGUCACGGCACCGCCGUCCGACCUGCUCCGCACGUCCUCGCUCCCCAGCGAGUACACGGAGGAUCGGCUCCGUCGCCGCGCGAUGCAGAGCCAGCGGCGGCUCGAGGCCAAGCGCAAGCGCCUCGAGCGCCGGAACUCCAUGAGCUCCGGCAGGUCCGCCACAAGCACAAGCACCGGUGCCGGCCGCGACGAAGCCCCGGAGCAGGCGGUGCCCAGCGGCUUCCAGCUCAGGCGCACGGUCGCCUUGCAGGGGACCACCUCGUCCACCGCGCCGGAGCAAGGGGGUGGAGCUCCAUCGCAUAGCCCUCCCGCGCCGAACACAUCCUCGGACAACACCAGCAGUGGACAGAGCAGCUCCAGACCCUCAACGGCGUCAGGAACAGGGAGGCCAUCCAACGGCACCACCGGGCGCGAGCAGCCGCUGCGGACCCUCCGGUCGCUGACGAUGCGGACGGCGAGCACCGGCGACCUCCGCAACAGCAUGGUGGAGGACAUGCCGAUGGUCUCCUACAAGGCGGAGGGGCCCAGCGGCCGCAAGACCGACGGCUUCCUGUACAAGUACAGGAAAGGCGAGGAGGUCAGGAUAGUUUGCGUCUGCCACGGCAACUUCCUGACGCCGGCGGAGUUCGUGAGGCACGCCGGCGGCGGCGACGUCACGAACCCGCUAAGGCAUAUCGUCGUUAACCCGCAGCAGUCGGUGUUCUUGUGAUCGUGGCGCGCGUGCCGCCGGUACAAGCAAAUUUAACGGAGGCGAGGAAGCAGGGCCCGUUUGGAUGACACUAGCACAACUAGCACAAAAAUAAAUCUUGCCUGCAUGAAGCAUUAAACGAAGUUUGUUUGUAAAUUUUUUU